CAGUUGUCUAAGCGUUGUUUACUUCUUGUAGGAUACAAUAUUUUGCAAGUCUAUUCUUAAUGAGUAUGCAGUUAAGAUGAGCCUUGAGAAGCCCUUGUACAAGACCACUCAAUCAUCAGGACUGCUUCCAUUGUUUUUCUCUACCUUGUGUUUCAAUGGUAAACUUUAUACGGGUGGUGCCGGAAGAAAUAAGAAAGAAGCUGAACAGCUGGCUGCUCGCACUGUUAUUCAGUCGAUUCUGGUUGAAUCUAGCUCAGGAAGGUGCCUUACUGAGAUCAUCAAAUCUAAAGGAAAACUUUAUGCUGCAAUGCAUAAGAUCAAGGAUUCUGGUGCAUCUACAAGUGAACGAAGAGUAGUUGUAGUCCCCCCAGUGAUUAAUAAGUUGCCAAUGCCUGCAUAUUCUGGAACAUGUCAAGGACAACUGGUUAUUGCCCCAGUUAUACAAUCAUCUGUCCAUGAACUAAAAAAACCAAAAGUGGAACCUUCUAGUGAAGCAACUACUAGUUUUACUGGAGCAUUUCAGCCUGCUCCUCAUGUCCAUCAGCCACAUCCAAAUCAAGUACAAAAUGAUGUUCCAUUGGCGCAGCCUUCUUCUGCUAAUUUUGGAGGCACUUCCCAGGGCAUCAUUGUUCAAAAUGAAGUUCCAUUGGCUCUGCCUUCUGCUGUUAAUGUUAGAGACAGUUCCCAGGGCAUCGUUUUUGUUCAACAUGAAGUUCCAUUGGCUCUGCCUUCUGCUGUUAAUGUUAGAGACAGUUCCCAGGGCAUCGUUGUUGUUCAAAAUGAAGUUCCAUUGACGGAUCCUUCUGCUGUUGGAAGUAGUUCCCAGGGCACAGUUGUCACUUCACCUGGUGUGAAACGUCCUCGCAAAAAGAACAAGAGAGGGGGAAAGAAAAGAUUCCGAAAUGAAGGGUCCCAGUUUUCUAUGCCAGCUGUAAAUCAGACUACCUCAUGUUCUGUUGCCCAUUGAGCAGGGUUGGCAGAUGCUCACUCAUUUUAAGUUCCUUCUGUAAGAAAGUGUUUGUAAGCUUAAUGGCUUCUGAAUCGGUCCGUAGUUAAAUUGUGGGAAAGUCUGACGGGACCUGACAGAUUUCGCAUUGCUUGUUGAUGCAAUAGAACUACACCUGAUGGUUGUGUUAAGGGAACUUCAUAUUUGUGUUGUGAUGGAUGAAAUAGAAAUUAGUUUUUCUUUUCUGAUGGAACAUAUAGUUUAUUACCUCAAAAUGAAAUGAAAAUUAGUUUAUGAACUUCCCUUAA